AUGUCUCUGGUCCCUUACCAUCCCCGUGAGGGGCGCGAGAUCGUGCUGCGCCACCAUAAUGCCAUUGUCGUCCGUGACCCAUCGUCCCAGCGACUCGAAAUCCGGGGUCUCCAGCUGCACGAGUGCCCGACCUGCCACCAACCGCUGCGCUCGGCCUCUCCCGACCGCCACUACGAAAACACGCACCAUGGGGAUAGCUAUGUCGCCCCCAACUACUUUCGCAUGCUGCGAGCCGGCCACAAUACACGGCACGCUUCCCCAGCUCGGACCCCGCCCAGCCCAAUCCGCCGCCUGGCCGAGCCCCUCCCAGCCGUUGUCCAUGACGAAGAGGACGCCGAAUUUGUUAGCAGCUCGCCUGCGCCUCAGAGUGGUGGUCGCAUAAAACGAGAGGCAUUUAGCCCGCAUUAUUUCAGCACCUUUUUCAUUGAGGAGAAAGAACUUGGCCGGGGCGGAAAGGGUGUGGUGCUGCUGGUACGCCAUGAGAUUGAUGGGUGCAAUCUUGGGCACUUUGCCUGCAAGCGGGUACCUGUUGGCGACGACCAUGCUUGGCUGGAAAAGGUCCUAGUCGAAGUAGAGUUGUUAGCCAACCUGACCCACCCAAACCUGGUGUCCUAUCGCCACGUCUGGCUUGAAGAUGUCCAGCUCACUCGGUUCGGGCCAAGUGUGGCAUGUGCGUUUAUCCUACAACAAUACUGCAACGGAGGCGACUUGUUGCAGUACGUCAUUGGCGACAAGCCGAAAGAAACGACCAAGGAGGAGCUCAAGGCCAAAAUGCGGCGCAGGUCCAAGGGCCAGACGACGGAGCGUCCGCAAGUCCAGAAACGGCUUCCUCCAGAGGAGAUUUACUCGCUCUUCAAGGAUAUCACAUCCGGUUUGUCUUAUCUACACGCAGCAAACUACAUUCACCGAGACCUCAAACCCAGCAAUUGUCUGCUCCAUCGCGACGGGAAUCAGCUAAAAUGCUUGAUUAGCGACUUCGGCGAGGUCCAGCCAGAAAAUGCGGUCCGCAAAUCAAGCGGAUCGACGGGCACAAUUUCGUACUGUGCACCGGAAGUUCUUAAGAGGGAUGCAACCGGGAGAUAUGGCAAUUUCACCACAAAAUCGGAUAUCUUUUCUCUGGGCAUGAUCCUGUACUUCAUUUGCUUUGGGCGCUUGCCCUAUCUCAAUGCAAACAGCGUCAACGAGGAGUUGGAGGAUGUUGACCGGCUGCGCGCCGAAAUAUCCGACUGGAAAGGGUUUCAGGAAGAGAGGAGGGCGCGUCCGGAUUUGCCUAUCAAGCUCUACCAUCUACUCAGUAGGCUUUUGGCCGUCAGCCCGGCAGAACGGCCGACAGCAAGCGAGGUGUUGGGUGCUAUGGGGGGCGAGUCCAGCCUGGACAGUAUGAUGAGGGGUUCUAGGAACACCAGCCCACUUCUGGGUCUAGCAGGGCAAAGGAUUCAGAACCUCGACUCUCCCAUGGCUCCCAGCACCCCAGUUCCAGAUCCUACCAAGCACGCGCGUGUCAAUAGCACGACCGAUGAAGAUCUCCCGAACCAAUCUCCCCAGCCCGCGACCCAGCCACCCAGCAGCAACCUUUUAGCCCGACGUUUGAAUCCCCAGUCAUCAUCUCCACGCCACCGCCCAACAUCCCACGCCAUGACCCUCACACGCAGCAGCCGCAGCCACACUUUACCCAGUCACCCAAGCAGUCCCAGCCGAGGCCGCAGCCCGGCUCAUUCCCCUCACCGAACCCCUACCCACGCCAACACUUUAUCUCCAUCGAGUGCUGCCACGGCCGCAACAACACCACCUUCUAUCAACACGCCGCUUCUCAUGCCCCCACCACUGACGCGUACCGAGAGCAUACGUCUAUCUGUUGUGAUGGCGGGGCGUCGUGUGCAGCGCUGGUUGACAGCACAGGCGAUGUCCAUACGCCUUACGCUAUUCGCGGCAAAGGUGCUGUCACUCUCGGCCGUAUGCUGGCCGUAUAGUGCAGCGUGGUGGGUUGUGGCCGUUGUGGUUGGUUUGGCGGCGGGUGAUUUGCAGUGGGCGACGCAUGGGCAUUGGCACGGUCCUGGUCCAGGAGAGAACCAGACGGAAGAUGGUGAAAGGUCUGCGUCUCUGGCUGGAUCACGAUCUGGGUCGGGGUCUGCGAAUACCGCUGGGUUUGGGACUAUUGGGGCUGGGUUGCCCGAACAGGGCCACACGCCCAUCGAUGGUAGGGAAAGGAGGAAUGCAUGGCUGAGAUGGCCGACGGGGUGGGAGCGGACAAUUUGGCUGUUGCUGCUGCAUUGUCUUGUCGUAGUGACUGCAGAGCGGUCCGGGGCGAUGUGUGCGAGGAGAGACACGGGAAAGAGUUGGGAUGGGUCGUGA